UCGGCUUCAUGAGACAUCAUCUCAAAAAGUCGAAUCAACAAAGCACCAAAAUUUUUUUAGGAAUUUUAGCUAUUUGGGGUAGUAAUUUUACUGAGCUGUAUGAUAAUACUUCCUCAGUUAUUACAGGAUGCUAAUCUUAACUGCUAAUCAGUUAUAUAAUGUGUGAUAACAUAAAAUUGAAAGGAAAAUGCAGUUCAGAAAGUAAUUUACCUGUUCCUAACACAAGUUUAAUAAAACUUAAUACAUCUACCUCUAUGUAGAACAUUACUGCCUUUCUGCAAAAUUAUUGAAUCAAAAAUUUGUAGUGUUUUUUUUUCCCCGUGAAUUAUCUUCAUUGUAAUAUCAUCUUUAUUGUAAUUUGUGUUUCUCUUGUCAUCAACACAUAUUCUCUUAAUUUUUUCUCAUCUUAAUGAUUCAUAUCUUGGUCAGUUGUAAGCCAUCCUUUUAUUAUACUUGGUUCAUUUCAUUUUAAGUAUAAAGUAUAGCUUUUAAUGUACAAAUACACAUUUUAAAAAACACAAUAAUAGGAUAUGUCAUAGUCUAGAGCAUGUACAUUCUUUAACAUAAGAAAUUUUAGCAAACCUAAGGCCAGACAGUUUUCUUGUGUCUGUAACUACUUGAUUUUGUCAGUGUUCAGGAGUCUCCAAAACAUUGUAAGCUCUAUUAGCACUUGGAUAGUGAAUCACUUAGUUUCACCCCUCAUUUUGCAUUUUGAACUCUAAAUAAUAUUUCUAUCUACAGAGCAGCCCAGAAAACAAUAAAAAUCUUACCUCAUAGAACCCUGUUGUCUUGGAAUCUCUGCAGUUGUUUAGCACUCCUCAAGUAAGCCUAUGUUUCUGAGACAAUAUUUCAGUUGUGAACCAUGUACAACUGAUGUUUGACCUAUUUGACUCAUCGUGAAAAGAAUUUAACCAGCUGCCCUUGCUGAAUCUUUUGUCCUGUCUCAAGAAUAUGUUGUUGAUCACAUAGCAUGGUCAUCCACUCACAGCUUAAAAAAAUACAGGGAGCAUCGGAGAGAAUGGGUUCAAUGUAUCUAUGCCUGCCUACUUCAAUCUGCAAGGGAGUUUCAGAAAGGCCCCGCAUUCGCCGAGCCGAGAUACUACUCGACAAAGAAUCAAAUUCAGCGAUGACAGAGUAUGCAAGAGCCACCUUCUCAACUGUUGUCCCCAUGAUGUCCUUUCUGGAACUAGAAUGGAUCUUGGAGAAUGCCUGAAAGUCCAUGACCUGGCUUUAAGAGCAGAUUAUGAAAUUGCAUCCAAAGAACAGGACUUUUUCUUUGAACUUGAUGCCAUGGAUCAUCUGCAGUCAUUCAUUGCAGAUUGUGAUCGAAGAACAGAAGUGUCUAAGAAAAGAUUAGCAGAAACUCAAGAAGAGAUAAGUGCUGAAGUGGCAGCAAAGGCAGAACGUGUUCAUGAGUUAAAUGAAGAAAUAGGUAAAUUGUUGGCCAAAGUGGAACAGCUAGGAGCUGAAGGAAAUGUGGAAGAAUCUCAAAAAGUAAUGGAUGAAGUAGAGAAAGCACGGGCAAAGAAAAGAGAAGCAGAGGAAGUUUAUCGAAAUUCUAUGCCAGCUUCCAGUUUCCAGCAGCAGAAACUUCGAGUCUGUGAAGUCUGUUCUGCAUAUUUAGGUCUUCAUGAUAAUGACAGGCGACUUGCUGAUCAUUUCGGGGGUAAACUGCACCUGGGAUUUAUUGAAAUAAGAGAGAAACUCGAAGAAUUAAAGAGAGUUGUAGCUGAGAAGCAGGAGAAAAGAAACCAGGAACGUCUGAAACGAAGAGAAGAGAGGGAGAGAGAAGAACGGGAGAAACUGAGGAGGUCCCGCUCACAUAGCAAGAAUCCCAAAAGAUCUAGAUCCAGAGAGCAUCGCAGACACCGAUCUCGCUCCAUGUCACGAGAACGCAAGAGGAGAACUCGAUCCAAGUCUCGGGAGAAACGACAUCGCCACAGGUCCCGUUCCAGUAGCCGCAGCCGCAGCCGCAGCCACCAGAGAAGUCGACACAGCUCUAGAGAUAGGAGCAGAGAGCGAUCCAAGAGGAGAUCCUCAAAAGAAAGAUUCAGAGACCAAGACUUAGCAUCCCGUGACAGAGACAGGAGUUCAAGAGACAGAUCACCUCGUGACCGAGAUCGAAAAGAUAAGAAGCGGUCCUAUGAGAGCGCUAAUGGCAGAUCAGAAGACAGGAGCAGCUCUGAAGAGCGGGAAGCAGGGGAGAUCUAAUUAGCUCUGUAUAUACCUUCAGUCCUUAAGCUUCCUGUGGAGCUAACGUGCUGGUGUCUAGUUUACAGUCCUUCAGGGUGACAGUUCUAGAUACUGAUCCAGGCUAGAUAAAAUACAUACUUAGUAUCUAAUGAUCUGAACUGAACCUGUUUUCCUUGAUAAAGCCUAAACUACAUCCAUAGUUUCUGGUGAACCUAUACUACAAUUCUGAACGUACAGUACAGUUUUAUAUAAUAAGACACUGAUCUCUAGUCUUUCAAGUAGGAGUGAUAGUGAAUGAAUUGUGUUAAUGCUUGCAGUUUUUGAACAUUUGUAAAAUACUGUCUUCCUUUGUAUUCCAAACAGCAGCUUUGGGGAAUUUUUCUUUAUAAUUCUUCUUCCUGUGACCUUUGUAUCUCCUGAUACCUGUGCCUCCAACUGUAAGAGAAAAGGGGGCAGGGAAGCAAUAUAACUUGUGUUCUAAGGUUCUGGUCACCUCAGUUACUAGUUGAUUACAGUUGAGCAUUUCUACUGGAUUGUGUGCUGGAGAAACUUACACAGGGCUCUUUGGUUUGGGCCGAUGAAGAGUGGGAAGUUGAACAGCUGUUUCAUUACUUUUGCUUUUUUAUUGAAAGUUUGAAAUCAGACUUGUCUUGAUUUUUCUGUUCUACUAAAUUGCUAUGUUCAGUAUAUUGAGGGGGAUGGGGCAGGGACUGUUUCAUAAUAAGCACUUGUUUUAUUUUGUGUGUGAGUGUGGAGUAUAAAGGCUAUCUAUACUCUUAUUGUAAAAAAUAAUAAUAAAAUGAGAAGAAACAAUCAUCACCACAUCAUUACACUGUAACUUGUUUAGUAAGUUGUCACUAGAACUGUUUGCUGUGGUAUUUUCCUCUAUUCUGUAACAUCCUUAACAGUGCCUUACUGUACAAGGCACCAAAGGAAGGAAAUACAGAAUUGUGGAUUUCAAUGAACUGUUGCUCCACCCAAUUCUCUUGCUGACUAUACUCCACUACUUCAGAGCUGUGUUUAACAGCUUCUGUAAGGAAAGAUUGGACCUGUAGAAGUAACUAAGAGUCUCUUGUUUGUAUUUCUUAAUUGACAAGCCUGAAUAAAAUCAAUAUGUAACCAAUAUAAUGAAA